UAAACUCUGUGACGCGAAACUAUGUGAACACGCCCUCAGUGAUCUGCAGUCACGUGAAGCCUUUAAACUGGCGCCAUUUUCUGUGCACGGUCUCAUUCUGCCGCAGUCGGCGUCGCGUUCUGCAACCUUUCUGUGUGUUCGAGAAAAACUGUGAGGAUAUUCAACAUGUCUGACGAGGGAAAGCUCUUCAUUGGUGGUCUGAGCUAUGAUACCACAGAGCAGUCCUUGGAGGAAGCUUUCUCCAAAUAUGGAACCAUUGCCAAAGUUGAUGUCAUCAGGGACCGUGAGACCGACCGUUCCAGGGGCUUCGGCUUUGUUACGUUUGAAAAUCCAGAGGAUGCAAAGGAUGCAAUGGCUGCAAUGAAUGGAAAGUCUGUUGAUGGCCGCAUGAUUCGUGUUGAUGAAGCCGGCAAAUCUGGUGGACGGUCUGGUGGCUUCAGAGGAGGUUCUGGAGGUGGCAGGGGGUUCUUCAGGGGUGGCAGAGGAAGAGGUGGUGGAGGAUACAGUGGAGACAGAAGCUAUGGUGGUGACAGGAGCUAUGGUGGAGACCGCAGUUAUGGCAGUAGUGAUAGAGGCUAUGGUGGAGGGGAGAGAAGCUAUGGUGGAGGUGACCGUUCCUAUGGUGGUGGUGGAGGAUACUCCAACAGGAGUGGAGGGUACUCCAGCGGUGGGAGUGGAUACAGGGAUAACAGGUUUUAGGAGCCAGGGGGGAUAUGACCGCUCUGGCGGAUCCUACAGAGACAGUUACGACAGCUACGCUUCACACGAGUAAAAAAAAAUCCUGAUUGCAAGAUCAUCCCUACGCUGGCUGUAUUUAAAAAGAUGCGCUCUUCGAAGACCUUUUUUUUACUUUUUUUUUUUUUUUUUUCUUUACGUUGUGUUCUGGUUCAAAUGUUCUAUUAAAGACAGACUCCUUUUUUUACCGUGUCAAGUAUCCGCAGGAUGUUCCUCUCAUUGAGGAGCUGCCUAAAAUCCAUGAGCAUUCAGUUACUAUAAAGUUUCAAGCCUAGUGAGGCUACCUGUAUCUGCCUUUUUUUUUUCUUUUCUUUUCUUUUUUUCUUUUUUUACCUUACGAUUUGUUUAUAGAUGCUCACAGGGGGUUGAAUUUGUCUGUUCUUUUUAGUAUGUGUUUAAGAAACUGUCUUCUGAAACCAUGCGUGAAAAUUGACCUGUCCAACACAGCCUGAAAGCUUCUAAGACCAAUUUCCUCAAAUCUUUGGACCAAUUUCUUAAUAUCGGCUCACUGAAAGUGCUAGGGGCAUUUGCAUUUAAACUGAAUUUUAAAGCGGCAGCUUCGCCAUCUGAAAAUAUUCUAAUCCGAUCCUCCAGUAGAAGCUUGAUAAGCUGUGAUGUGUUCUUUAUUGCUCCUUGCCACCUCCAUUUUGUGAUGCAUUCCUUUAGUGAAGCAAGGCAGGCAUGUUGCGUUGGAGUUGUCUCCGGCAAACCUCCUUGAUGUUGCUAAAGAUUUGUAAAUAUUCAUUAUCCAAAGAGUAAACUACUUUAGUGGGUCAUUGAGCCUCACAUUAGGACUUAUGACCCAAGGUACUUUGCUCUUUGCACAGUCUAAAUUUAUUUUAAAUAUGCUCUACUGUGGACUGAACUUAUCCUCUUAAAUGUCAAGGUUUUGUUCCUUCUUGGAAAGAAAUGUGCUCUGUUCUGUAUAUCAACACCUCAGAAUCCUUUUUUUUCUUUUUGUAUUAAACUGGCUUCAUGAAGCCCAUUAAAAAAAAAAAAAAUGGUUGGAAACUGCUCUGAUUUCUUUUGCCUCCGAUAUUCUCAAUACAAACCAGAAAUGUUUUGGAAUGGCUAGCUGGGGAUUUAGCAUCUGAGAUCUUAAGUGUUCUUCAUCUAGACAAAUAAAAAUGAGUAUUUGUUCAGCAAACGAAUAUGAAGGUGAAACGUUGCUGUUAUGGUAUAGCAAGCAAUGGCUGUGUAUAAUGCUUCAUUGGAUCCAAGAGUUCUCUGCUAUCAAUUUCGGAAAUCAACAAUGUCCUUGGAGAAUGAAGUGUUGUGCCUUCCGACUCAAGAAUCCUGAGAUGAAAGCUGCUCUCUUGACUAGGUCAUUUGUGGAGAUAGGCCUGUAAUGUGAGGUAAAAACUUUUGCUCUCCUGUACGCAUCCUACAACAGUUCUCAUUGUCCAUGUUUUCUUCGAAUAUUGCCUCGACCAGUGAUCUGUUACGUCUGCGGAAUCUAGUCAAUCCUGUUCAACGACUUCCCCCUGGGAAAAAAAAAAAAAAAAAGUAAAAAAGCUGCAUGUCUAUUGACUACUUUUUAUAAUGCGCUUGUGUUUGGUGGAAAGUACCUCAUGCGGCCCAUGAAUUGAGAUGUUUAAGUCCCUGUUCUGAUUGCUAAAUUUUAUUUUAUUUUUAUUUUUUUUAUUUUUCUCCCCCUUGCGCCCACUUUAAAGACUCAUCUUUUUGUCACUAACGUCAGAACAAGACUUUUUGAGAUGUAGCCUUUGCGUCGCCUCAUCGUCUUUGAGUGAUUCACUGUGGAGUCCCUAUAAAAAUGUCUGGUCCUUAUUCAACAUUAAUUUUGUAUGGAUUUCUCACUUGUUUAAUCUAGAAGUGUUAAUGUAGUUUAUUCUUUUAGAAGUAUAUUCAAAUGCAUGGUUCUUAUAAUUGUUGUCCCCAUAUACUAUAUAGUAAAAUAUCCUCUUAUUUUUCAGAUUGAUGCACUGGACGCGUUACAUUUGAGAACUAGUGGAGGAAGCUAACCUUUGAGAUGAAAUGAAGCAGUUUUCAUGGUAAAAAUGAGAGAUCAUGGAAAGCUGUUGUCCAGAUGAACCCAUCUCUCCCAAAAGGAAAGUGUCAACACUCAGAGAUGAACAAUCUAUCAUCUAGAUUGAAGUUUGUACUGUAUUUUGCUGAAAGCUGUUGACAAUCGUAACAUCAACUAAGGCUGUUGUUACAAUGUGAUUCUGUAGAAGGGUGUUUAUUUUGAAGUCUUGAAUGACAAAGGAAUUCAAUAAAGUUUGUUUACACUUUUA